UUUGGACGGGCCUUCGAUCGGGAAGUGUCGUUGCCGGUGCACUCCAGAAAGAAACAUGAAAGAAAUUUUGCAUUGCUUUCUUUUUGCAUUGAUUGCAGGUGUGGUGGCAUCACAAAAGAUACAGGUAGAGAUACCAUGUAAUCUGCGGGAAACUAGCCAUGGAAGUGUGUGUGUUUGCAACAGCACUUAUUGCGAUUACUUGGGGCAGCCCGAGCUCACUGAUAAUUCCAAAAUUGUGGUGAUUAGCUCCAGCAAGGAUGGCUUGCGAUUCAAGCAAACUGUCGGAGACCUAUCUUCUGGAGAACCCAUACUGGUGGAGGACCAACAGUUUACUGAUGAGAACUUUAAGGCCGAUGCUAUAGUUGUGGAUGAAAACAGAGCUUGGCUACAGUUGAGCAAUAUAUCGCAAAGGCUUUUUAUUAAUUCAGCUGUGAAAACCGCAAGAAUUUCUGUGAAAAGGGAGCAGCGUUUUCAGAAUGUAUCAGUUUUUGGAGGAGCCUUUACAGGCACUGUAUCUCAUUUGCUGAAAAAACUUCCCAAAGACCUACAGGAUCAUGUCUACAGAUCCUAUUUUCAUCCAGAUGGCAUUGCUUAUAAUACCAUUCGCACGUCAAUCGGUGGCUGUGACUUUGAUCUGGAGCCUUGGGCCUACAACGAGCUGCCCCGCAACGACAAGGAACUAAGUAACUUUACUGCUUUGGACCCGAGGGACCUCCAGAAAAUAGAGCAGAUAAAAAGACUUAAAACUAUCGCCAAGAUAGACAACCUGAAAAUAAUGGCUGCGGCCUGGAGUGCACCGACGUGGAUGAAGACCAACGAGCGCUGGACAGGAUUCGGAACACUUAGAUCGGAAUAUUACCAGACCUGGGCCAACUACCACCUCAAAUUUCUCGAACUCAUGCAGGCCGAGAAUAUGCCGAUUUGGGCCAUAUCCACCGGCAAUGAGCCGCUAAACGGCGUCAUCGGGUUCUUCUUUGUGCAUUUCAUGAGCAUGGGCUGGACGCCCUGGCAGCAGGCUAUUUGGCUGAACGACAAUCUAGGCCCGACCAUCAGGAACUCGGCGCACAGCCAAGUGCUCAUUUUUGGCAAUGACGACCAGCGAUACACCUAUCCCUCGUGGUUCAGAAAGAUGCGAUCAUCCCGCGGAAAUUCACUGUCUUAUUUGGACGGGCUGGCUGUCCACUGGUACUGGGACGAACUGAUCGGCCCCCAAACUAUCGAGCAGGCCCAUGCGGAAAUGCCAGACAAAAUGCUCCUAAACACUGAGUCCUGCAUCGGAGAUAAGCCCUGGCAGACCCAUGGCCCGGAACUGGGCAGCUGGCAAAGGGGCGAAAGCUAUAUGAAGGCCUAUACCCAGGAUUUUCGCUACAAUUUCAACGGCUGGCUGGACUGGAACUUGGUGCUGGAUGAACAGGGCGGACCCAACUAUAUCAACAACUUUGUAGACGCUCCGAUUAUUGUGAAUGCCUCCAGUCGAAAUGAGUUUUAUAAACAGCCGAUUUACUAUGCCAUAGGGCACUUCUCCAAGUUUCUGCCAGAGGAAUCGGUGCGCAUCGAGACGACACUGGAGAAUCAGACCAAUCUCUUUACCCAGCUGAGUGUGGUGGGCUUCCAGCGGCCAGACGGCAGCGUGGCGUUGAUACUCUACAAUGGCCAAAAUCUGCCGGUGGAUGUGGCCCUCAAUGAUAGCCAACGUGGGGCAAUCAACCUACGCCUGCCGCCGCGAUCCUGGCACACGGUGCUCUACAAGUGAUCUAGUUCCUGGAAUAUACAGAUAUAGCUAUAGUUAAAGUAAGCCAAAGGGUCCAGCUGCCGUUCUAGUUCCAUAUCCGCUGCCCAAAGGACCAAUUGAGGCUCAAGUGACAACAAGACAACAACGGAAGCCAAUAAAUUGCCCUCAACAGGAUGGAAAUUUAAGGAUGUAACGCUACAGAUACAGAGUCAGAUUCAGAUAGAGAUACAGAUACUUGGAGUAUCCCAGCGGAAAUUUGUCUAAGCUGCUCAAUUUGCCGGAACGCGUCUGUUUACAAUGAAAUUUCAUUUGCCGUUUAAUGCCUUAGUUAUUCCCGCGAGCCGAAGGGGACGGACGGCAAAGUACAAACGACCGGCAUGUACUAUAUAGUAUACAAAGUAGGAACAUAUCUCGGAUCAAGUUGAGUGACAACUGCCAGUCGAGCGGUAACGACGGCCAACCGAAAAACAUCUCUCUAGACGAAUAUUAUCUUAGAGCUGGCCGUAGUCUAUUUGUUCAAUAUGCUCUAUAAAUAUGGUUGUCAAUUGAGCGCCAAGCAAAUGCAUUUUCCCCAUUUCCCAGCCGCUCUUUCCCGCACCUCCUUGCCGCACUUGGCGCACAAAAUGGGGCGUUUUAUGUAAGUCUAUAAAUUAAAACAUGAAACGUUUAUAAGUCCAUAUGACUAGUGGUUACGGCAGCCUCUACUGCGGUGAUGCGCUGCAUUUUUUUAAAGUUUUUUAUA